UUCCACAGUUUGAAGAAAGAACAUACAGCGAACGGUUAUGGUGUCAGAAUCUUUAAUAAAGAACAAGGCGUUGCGUUUAUUCGAACAAAUAUGAAAUGUUCUUCAGUACGGAUCCUGAAAGUGAGAGUGAAAAUAAAAGAGACUUACGAGGGGCUUUUUCUGACACAGAAGAUUACUUGGAUCAUGGACUUGUGUCUUCUGUGAGAUGUGCAAGCAGAACGUCUUCCAUAGGUUCCUGGUCUGAAUGUUUAAAGCCUUCUUUUACUCAAAAACUUACUUUUCGAUCUGUUUUAGAAGGCGAACCAGCAGUUUUUCGUUGCAAGUUAGUAGCUUGUCCUUUACCAAAAGUUUCUUGGUUUCACAACAACAAACCAAUCUGUAAGGAUUCUCGACGAACGAUUAAAACAGAUAGUGACAUGCACAUUCAUAAUUGCAGCUUGUUAAUUAAAAGCGUAGAGGACAGGGAUUCUGGAAGUUAUCGCAUAUUUGCUAUCAAUAGUGAGGGUUCUGCAGAAUGUACUGCUUCUUUGCUUGUUGCACUUAGAGAGGAACAGAACCCCAAGUAUUUAGACUUUGUUAGAUAUUCAGAGAAAACUCAUGAAAGCAUUGAUUCACUUGUUCAGAAAAGAAGGGAAAGCCGAUUAAAGGUUGACCUUAAAUGUGUUGGUUCUCCUUUUGAUAAACGACGGGAAACUCAAAUUUUGCAUAGCCAAUAUCCAAAAAAGGGUUUAGUUAAGACGAUAAGUUUUGAAAGACUCUACUCUCUUGAUUCAUGUGAGAGAAGGCGUGUCAAGAGACAGGAUUUAGGUGAAAACGUUUUAGACAAGGAAAUACAAAGAAAAUUAAAUCUUCUUCGAGAAUUAAGAAAAUCAAAAAGGGGGAGUAGAACUCUUUCCCAGUCAUCUUCUGAUGCAUAUUCUGAUGCUGACCUUGAAUCUCUUCUAAGUGACACUAGUUCUACAACUAGGCUCACUUUGACUGAAAGAUUAAAUAUUGGAAUCCCUAGAUCUCCUGAAACUGCAGACAUGAAAGAAAACCUCAGCUCUCGCUUCCAUGGGGAAACGUUGGGAGACCAUUUUAUAAAUUCAUCAGUACCUCAGAAGAGUUCAGAUGAAAUUAAAAUAUUUAUCUCAGAAAGCACUGAUAUAGUUGGAAGAGGUGAUUUUUCUGAUGAUUACUUGAUGCCUACAACCGAGAAGAAAGCUGACUUGCCUUUGGUUAUUCAAAGAAAACCAGAAUACAAAGUAGACUGGACUGACGGUAGAGUAUUUACUAAACCUGAUGAAGUAUAUGAAAGACACCAAGAUAGAGCACUAAAUCCUUCUCCUGGUAGAUCGAACAUACAGGUAAAGCUCACUGAAACCAGCUUAGACAGUUUAAGUCUAUGUGAAGGAAUUAAACAGCAUAUUGCAGUACCAGACAGCAAAGCUCCUGUAAAUGUUCUUUCUGAAAUAUAUACACAGGACUUUGAAGAUCAGAUGACAAAGGAACGUCUACAUUUGGACAUUAAAGAUAAAUCAAAUGUUGGAAAACUGGAUGAUUUUAAUUUUAAUUCAAAGAUCAUAGCAAAAAGUCCCAAAGCAGAACAUACUGAGGGAGAAAUAUAUUUUAAAGAAUCCAGUCCAAUUAACAAAUCCUUAAGCUUUAAUACCCAGCAAAAAGAUUCUCAUUUAGUAGGAAUCUCACCACAAAUAAAGGAAGAAAAGUUUUCUGUGUCUGAUGAAGUAUACAGUGUUCCCCAUCAAAUCAGGAUGAAAGAAGAUGACCAGAAGGAUGAGACUAAUUUUCGUAUUCUGAAAGAGUCAAAAGUUGCACAAAGGGACAGUUUUUACAACAGACCCUUAAAAAACAUUAAUGACCCUACAGAGAAAGGGGAUGUAAAGAUACACAUUCAAAAGCACGAUCCAAUUAGAUCUCGUUUCAUAACAGACACUCCUGAAAUUAGUGCCUAUUCAGCAAAACAUUAUGAAAAAGACAAUGAAAUUAAUUUGUACCAAAAGGCUUCACUAAGUGAAAAAGAAGCGACAAAAAAGAAGUAUAGCAAGUUUCAAAUUCAAAAGGAGGAAAUAAAAUAUAAAGAGGUGACUUUGGAAUCAGCAAAGCUAUUUUCAUAUGAUGAACCUACCACCACAAGAAAUUUUAAGGAACUAUGUGGAUCGGAUUUAUUGGUAACAUCUAAACCAAGAAUUCGUAAAGAAGAGAGUAUAAGUGAGGUUGACAAAGUCAUGUUUUUUGAUGAGUGUAUGCAAAAAGAUAUCAUAGAGAAGGAAAAUAAUGCCAUGCAAUUUGAUAUCCAAGAAAGAACACAGCUUGAGGGAAAAGAUUCAUCUUUUAGACCUUCAUUUUAUACCAAAUCUGAUUCAUUAGAAAAAAAGGUGCAAUUGGAAUCAGCAAAACUAAUUUCACAUUAUGAACCUACUGACACAAGAAACUUUAAGGAACUACAUGGAUCUGAUUUAAUGGUAACAUCUGAACCAAGAAUGAAGAUAGAAGAGAGUAUAAGCGAAGUUGACAAAGUCAUGUUUUUUGAUGAGAGUAUGCAAAAAGAUAUCAUAGAGAAGGAAAAUAAUAUCAUGCAAUUUGAUAUUCAAGAACGAACACAGCUUGAGGGAAAAGAUUCAUCUUUUAGACCUUCAUUUUAUACCAUAUCUGAUUCAAUAGAAAAAAAGGUGCAAUUGGAAUCGGCAAAACUAAUUUCACAUUAUGAACCUACUGACACAAGAAACUUUCAGGAACUACAUAGAUCUGAUUUAAUGGUAACAUCUGAACCAAGAGUGGAGGAAGACAAGAGUAUAAGUGAAGUUGAAAAAGUCAUGUUUUUUGAUGAGUGCAUUCAAAAAGACAUCAAAGAGAAGGAAAAUAAUAUCAUGCAAUUUGAUAUUCAAGACCAAACUCAGCUUGAAGGAAAAUAUUCAUCCUUUAGACCUUCAUUUAAUACCAUAUCUGAUUCAUUAGAAAAAGAGGUGGAAUUAAAAUCAGCAAAACUAAUUUUAUAUGAUGAACCUACUGACACAAGAAACUUUCAGGAACUAUGGAGAUCUGAUGUAAAGGUUACACCUGAACCAAGAAUGAAGAUAGAAGAGAGUAUAAGCGAAGUUGACAAAGUCAUGUUUUUUGAUGAGAGUAUGCAAAAAGAUAUCAUAGAGAAGGAAAAUAAUGCCAUGCAAUUUGAUAUUAAAGAUCAAACACAGCUUGAGGGAAAAGAUUCAUUCUUUAGACCUUCAUUCAAAACCAUAUCUGAUUCAUUAGGAAAGGAGGUGGAAUUAGAAUCUGCAAAACUAAUUUCAUAUAAUGAACCUACCGACACAAGAAACUUUCAGGAACUAUGGGGAUCUGAUUUAAAGGUUAAAUAUGAACCAAGAGUGAAGGAAGAAGAGAGUAUAAGUAAGGUUGACAAAGUAAUGUUUUUUGAUGAGUGUAUGCACAAGGAUAUCAUAGAGAAGGAAAAUAAUGCCAUGCAAUUUGAUAUUAAAGAUCAGACACAGUUUGAAGGAAAAGAUUCAUCCUUAAGACCUUCAUUCAAAACCAUAUCUGAUUCAUUAAGACAGGAGGUGGAAUUAGAAUCUGUAAAACUAAUUUCAUGUGAUGAACCCACCAACACAAGAAAUUUUCAGGAGCUACAUGGAUCUGAUUUAACGGUAACUUCUGAACCAAGAAUGAAGGAAGAAGAGAGUAUACGUGAGGUUGACAAAGUCAUGUUUUUUGAUGAGUGUAUGCAAAAGGAUAUCAUAAAGAAGGAAAAUAAUGCCAUGCAAUUUGAUAUUCAAAAAUUUGAAAAGGAAAAAGAUUUAUCUGUUAGACCUUCAUUCAAUACCAUAUAUGAUUCAUUAGAAAAAGAGGUAGAAUUAGAAUUACCAACAUUAAAAGAAACUGAAUUUUCAACUAUUACUAAUAUUCAAAUGGAAACUAAGACAAAAACUGAUAACUAUAUAAGUGAAAAGUCUUUUCGAGCAUCAUCCAAACCCUGCACACCUAUGUUUACAUCUGACAUUGACUCGCAAGAAGUGUUUGAAGGUGAAAGAUGCUCUUUCAUUUGCAAUUUUCGUGGUUAUCCACAGCCAACUGUCUCCUGGUACAAUAAUGACAUAUCAAUACCUCGUAAUGAAGAGUAUGUCAUUACAACAACAGAAACAAGCUCAACGUUGACAUUUAUUUGUGUUCGUGCUCACCAUCAAGGAUCCAUAACUUGUGUAAUAUUCAACCAGUAUGGAACAGACACAACAUUUGGACAGCUAAAAGUCAAAACAAAAGAAAGUGAAAACUGGGAUGAGGCUGAAACUUUGAUUAAAUGUGAGGUACUUAUAACUAAACAUUUAACAGAAAGUGAUGAGGAAGAGCUUGUAUCCUUACUGGAAAAUAAUAAAGAAAAGCAAAAGUUUGAUCGUGAUGUAGAUAGGUUUAGCUUGCAGGUCCCACAGGCAAGUUGUGAUAAACCUUGUACAUUAGAAGACUCAUCCGCAUUUCCAGUUGAAAUUAAAAUAACAGCACCAACUCCUGUUCCAGAAUAUGAGGAAGAAUUAAAAGAAAGUGUUCGGAAUGUUGAAAGUUCUACAGAACCUUCAUCUGUGGAUAAUAUAGCUCAAAAGAUGAAGCAUAAGUUUAAAUUUUCGUUUGAUGUAGCUGUGGAAGCACCAAAGUUAAUAAAGGGAGUCAAAAAGCAAACAAAAUGCAAAGAAGGGGAUUGCACUUUCUUAGAAUGUGUCAUAUCGGGGGAUCCUGACACUUUGAUUGCUUGGUAUUAUAACAAUGUUGAACUCAAGAAAUCUGAUAAAUACAAUAUACAAGAAACAAAUGGAACAUACAAACUUUCUAUCAAGGAUGUUAGUAAACUGGACAUUGGGCACUAUAAAUGUGUUGCGACAAACAGAGCUGGGACAAUUGAAAGUGAGUCUGAAUUAAUAGUUGAUGAUGCAGCUCAGGGUUAUAAAACUCAACAAGUGGAAAUUACAAAAGAUAUGAAAACGGAUAAUAAAAUAAUGAAGAUGGACAUAACACAAGCUGGUAAUGAACCUAAGGACAUGGAAUCACGUUUUUGUCAAAACGCCAAUAUUGAUAUUGUAGAGAAAGUGGAUAAUACACAAGGCUUUCAACCUUUAAGCAAUGUUUUUCAAGAUGAUUUGAAAAAACAUAUGCCUGGUAUUGAACAGAUAGACGUUAAAACAAGCCUUGAUUUAUUUAAAGAAGAAUCAAUGUCUAAGGUUCAGCAUACAAGUGAAAUACCAGCAGAACCCAAAGUAAAGGGCACAGAAUCCAAUAAUAUUAAUUACUGUUCAAAAAUGCAAGAGACUGAAUUCACUGAGGCAAACAAACAAUUGCCAACAAUACCUAAAAGAAGACACUCUUUCGUUAAAAAACAAUCUACAACUGUCGAUGAAAUCAAGCCACCAUUGAAAGAGACAGCUGUAGAAACUGUUGCCGGUGAAAGAACAGAAUUGCCAGUAGCACCAAGAAGAAGGCGAUCUGUGGUAAAAUCUAAAUCUGAAACACAGCUUGAGAUCAAAACAAUGACAGAGGGUUUUAUACAGAUUACUGACAAAGGGCAAAAUCUGGAGAAUAAAAGUGAGGACACAAAGAAAGAGCUACCCACAGUGCCAAAAAGGAGGCGAUCUAUAGUAAAAGCUAAAUCUGGAAUAGACACUGAAAGCACACAGAAUAAAGAAGAAAUUGUUAAUUUAGUAAAAGGCUCUUCUCAGUUUGAAACUAGUAAAACUGAUACUAAAUUGGUCGAAAAAAUUCAGUUAUCCAAAGAAUCAGCAUAUGGGGAACAAAUCCAUGCUGCCUCAGAAAGUGCAGAUAUUGGGGUGAAACCUGGUUAUGGAAGUGAAACACAGAGUACAGGGCAUCUAUCUGACUUUCAAGAUGCAAAGUCCAAGUUUAGAGCUUUGGACAAAGGAACACCAGUAACAAAAGACAUAAGUCAAACCUCAAGUUUAGAAACAAAAGUAAAUCUCGAUGAUAUAGGUGGAAAGGACCUUUUAGAUGGCAAGUUAAAGUUACAGUUGAAUGAACUAACUAAAAAGGAUGUCAAACAAGAAGCGCAAGUCGGCAGAUCAGAAAGUGAUAUUCAUAAACAAGAGAUAGCCUUAAGUGUCUAUAAUAAUGAAAAUGUUUUAGGAUAUCUUGAACCUCCUCCUGAAGACAUUGAGACAGAGCCAAGAGACUUUCUAACAGAAUACCUAGUAAGUGCAGGGAAACAUGAAGUUUUAUUACCACAAGAGGUCAAAAGCCCAUCAGAGAAUCAAAAAGGACAAAUAACUGAACUGGAAGUUGAAGAUGUGACUUUCAAUGCCUAUUAUGAUUUUUACAAGACUCGGUCAUUAAUUGACCGUUCAUUGUCUCCAGAAUCAGAAAUGUCAAUUGAAGCUGCUUGCUGCUCUAGUGAUGAAGUUUUAGAUCAAGAUCACUUUUAUACACCACUUCCCUCAGUCGAAGUUCAGUCUCCUUUAAGUGACUCAUUUGUUACGCCAGCCAGUUCUCCUGAACGAUAUUUUACACCAGUUGAACACACAUUCUAUUCUAAUGAUGGAGAUGGGCUGAAAAAGUAUGAAUGUGAUACUACAGUGGCAAAAAGUAUAGAUAUAUCAUACCUUUCUGGAUCCUCAAAACCGGAAGACUACUAUGUAGACAACAUAAGAUCUCAUAAUCCUGGAGGAGAAGCAAAUGAAAUGGGAAUGCCUCCUGCGUUUAUUAAGCCACUGCCUAAAAGGUGUAUAUAUGAAAAUACUACACUAUGUUUUGCUGUGGAAGUUGUUGGUGUUCCCUUACCAGACAUAAAAUGGUACAGGAAUUUAUCAUUACUUGCAAACUCAGACAGAAUUAAAAUAUCGAGGGAAGGUCAUUUCUACAUAUUUGAAAUGCACAAUGUUCAAAUAAGUGAAGGAGGAGAAUAUUCAUGUGUUGCCUCAAACACAUUAGGAGAGGCAAGAACUACUACUCAGGUUGAUAUUUUACCUCAUGAUGGCAGAUCAGUUGCUUUACCACCACCUGUGACACACCAGCAUGUUAUGGAAUUCGAUAUGGAACCACUUCAUACUUCACGAUCACCUUCCCCUCAAGAAAUUCUUUUAGAAGUUGAGCUGGAUGAAAGUGAGGUCAAAGAUUUUGAGAAGCAGGUAAAGAUCAUAACAAUACCUGAAUUUUCACCUGAUAAUAAGAGCAUGGUUAUUUCUCUUGAUGUUCUUCCUUUGGUAUAUGAUGAGCAGCUGUCAUCCAUAUUCACAAGAGAUAAUGAAGAUGUUAAAGUUAAUUUUGAAGUCCCAGAGAAGCCACCAUACUUUGUGCAACCACUGAGGGAUUUGCAUGUUGCAGAAAAGUCAGAUGCAGAAUUUAAAUGUUCAGUUAUGGGACUUCCAAAACCAUCUGUGACCUGGUUUAAAGAAUAUAUAAAGAUUUCCCCAGAUACUACAAAGUAUCUUAUUAAGGAGGAUGGCACUCAUCAAAGUCUUUUAAUCCGUGGUAUUAGCAUGUCUGAUGUUGGAUUUUAUACAUGUAAGGCAGCAAAUCAUUUUGGAGAUGUAACGUGCAAAGCUAUGCUAACUGUUACAGACUUGGAUUCAGUCGCUGAAAUAGAGAAAGUGGCACAAUUGCCAGAUAUAUCUUUGGAAGGUGCAACAAGCAUGCCUUGCAAUUAUGAUUUAAUUGUAGACAACACUGCUCUAGAUCCCAAUCAAUCAGAAAUUCAACUUGAGUUUGAAUUUGAGGGUAAUGGUAAUGAUGCUAAUAGAGCUCUAGAACUUGUGGCCAUAAGCAACAAUGAACGUGAAGAGGAUGGAAAGAAAUGUAUAGAUGUAAACUUUGAUGUUUUUGCUAAGCCUUCUUUGGAGAAAGACAUACAAUUCAAAUCUAAGGGCUCUGAUAGUUGUUGUUUUGAAUUUCAGAUUACAGAGUCACCCCCCAAGUUUAAAAAAGUGCUUUCUGAUUUAGCUAUUCAAGCAGGAGAAACAGCUUGUUUUCAAUGUUUAGUUAAUGGAUCUCCAGUUCCAAAUGUGGCUUGGUAUAAGAAUGACAUAUUACUUCAUGGUGAUAGGUACAAUACUAAAGAAAAAACACCAGGGUGUCACCAGCUUGAGAUCGGCAAUGUUAUCCUUAGCGAUGAGGGUCAGUACAAGUGUGUAGCAUCAAAUGAAGGAGGAACUGCAGAAACAAGUGCAUUUUUAAAAGUUUCAUAAAUACUUUGCUUGAUUUAUGGCGGACCCUUCUGAGAUGACAAAACCUUCACUGCCACUUUAGAGAUAUUCUUUUUGCUUGCUUACUGUGAAUAUUGAUGGCUAGAAUUAUGCAUUUGAUGCAGUGUAUAUAAGUAUGUUAUGCUACAAUUCACCUUAUCAAGCUGCAGUAUGUCUAUGUUAUCUGUCUUUACUCAGUCUGUUCAUAAUCAAUCCAUGUUUUAUUUUAUUCUAUGCUUUAAAAAUAAAAUGUAUAGCUGAAAUGUGAAAUGCUGAAAUUUGUUAAACAAUGCUAUAUAAUAGAAUCUACCUAUGUACUGUAUGAAGCUUUUUGAUGAUAUUUAAUAAGCUAGCAGUAUAUUACUUAUGCUUAAUUCAUAAACACACAUUUAGAUUUAAUACUAACAUUCAAGAAUCUGAGAAUUUUUUAGUACAAUGAUAUGAAAUGCUGAAGUAAAGGGAAGGCACAUUGUGUAAAGCAAACACAAUUGUUUUUAUAAUAUAUAAAGACAGAAUUUGGAUGUUCAGUGCUCAGUAGCGCAGUAGCACUAAAACAUACACUGUGAGCAUGUACUAUUAUUUACUCAUUUUUAAAUUGAGACAUAUACCAUAUUUUCCUAUUAUCUACUUAAACCAGUUUUUGAACCAAUGAGGAAACAUUAUAUUAUGGUACAGGAUGGAAACAAAAUUACUUCUAGUUCAGUCCAAAAUAUGUUACAACAUUCUCAUUCAUAUUAACAACACCUGAUGCAUUAACUGUAUGGAUUAAGGUAACAGUUGUGUAUGUUGUAGUUCCACCCCAAUGUUUACAAUAUUUGAUUAUUUGUCACGUUUAGUGAUGGGUGAAAUUUUUUGGCAGACAUGGAUUUGCAGCGAAUUUCCGAGUUUCACCAUAAGCGGAUUUUUUUCACAAAAGUUCACUGUGGGAAAAUUCUCCAUGUGACAAAAAAUUGUUGCCUGUGUAAAAAUAAAUAGUUGCGUGUGUCCAAAAAAUGACGCACGUAAAAAAAAAAAAUUUGACCCACACAAUAUUUUUUCGUCGUUUUGGCAAAGCGAAACAGGACAGAUUCGUUGAUCACUAGUCAGGUUAAUUUAUCAAAUAAUCAACAUACACUGAUCAAUAAACAAGACUGAACAAGGUGCAAUGCAUAACUCCAUAAUCUGGCCCUGUGUAAAGUUUCCUUACUAGUGAUGAGCAAAUGUGUCUUGUUUUGCUUCAGCGAAAAAUUAGCAAAACGGCAGAAAAAUUUGAGAAAAAAUGAAAAAUUUGCGAAACACAUUUGUCACAGACAACUUUUUUUGACACGACUAAAAAUUGCCAUGCGACUAAUUUUUCUGUGGCAAAUUUUUGUUGAAGUUUUACAAAACAAUUGGGCGAUGGCAAAAUGUGGAAAUUCGCUGCAAAUCCAUGCCUGCCGAAAAAAUUCGCUCAUCGCUAUUCCUUACUGAACUUGUAUGCUUCAUACAUCAAACUAAUUUAAACUUGCAUUUGUAUUGUUUUCUAAAUUUUAGAGAAUUUUAAGGUUUUGUUUUCUAUGUAAGUUUAUGUAACCCUUUAUAGAUUUCAUUAAGAUUAAUGUUACAAUUGAAGGUUGCCUGUUACUUGCAAAAUAAAUUAAAAGAAACAAAUACUA